UAUAAAGAAGAAAAACACCCCCCCCCCCCGGGUGAAAAACGAGAACAAUUUCUUGAAUCAGGAGUCAUUUGCCCAAAGUCUUGGGUCCCGAGUGUCUCGGACGACAAACAAAUCAACCACAAGGAGAGUCAAAACAGUAGAGUAGCAAAGACACAGACAGGGAAGAGAGUUUAGUUUCAAGUUUCAACUAAUUCCCCCUCCCUACCUGCUAAAGAAUCGAGUAUUUUUCAUCACCUGGACUUCAGAGAAUGCCAACUCUGGCUGGUAAUCAAGUUUUCUCAUCAAUCUCUACUGAUGUAUCCAAGAUCCUUUCGCAUUCGAGGCCAUUUUGCAAAAAUUUUUCUGGUUCCUGUAUCCGUCUUACAAGUGUUGCUGCUCGGGCCCGGAUUUCCAGUGAAUUAACUUCUCAAACACUGCAAUGCAAGAAUGCUCUAUCUGUACGUGAUCCCCUGGAAGCAAUACUGUUUGACAUCGAUGGCACCCUAUGUGAUUCAGUCCCCAUCCACUAUUAUGCCUUCAGAGAAAUGCUUCAAGAGGUAGGUUACAACGGAGGGCAGCCGAUAACUGAGGAAUUUUUCAUUAAAAGAAUGAAUGGCUUGCAUAAUGAUGAACUCUGUCAUCUUCUCUUUCCAGAUUGGGAUUUUGAUAGAGCCAUGAAAUUCAUGGACGACAAGGAGGCUAUGUUUCGAAGGUUGGCACCAGAACAAUUGAAACCAGUUAAUGGUCUUGACAAGUUAUGCAAAUGGAUUGGAGAACGUGGUCUGAAGCGAGCUGCAGUCACUAAUGCUCCAAAAGAAUCUGCUGAGCUGAUAAUAUCAAUGUUAGGCCUUGAUGAUUUCUUCGAACUCAUAGUCCUUGGAAGUGAAUGUGAGCGAGCAAAACCUUUUCCUGACCCCUACUUGAAGGCCGUUGAACAUCUUAAAGUUGCCCGAGAACAUGCUUUUGUGGUUGAGGAUUCUGCAUCUGGAGUGAAAGCGGGGGUUGCAGCAGGGAUGCCAGUGGUAGCUAUAGCUUCAAGAAACCCAGAAAAACUAUUGAAAGCGGCAGGAGCUACUUUGGUUGUCACAGAUUUUGAAGACGCGAACUUGUGGGGGGCUCUGAAAGAGCUUGACAGGAAUCUGGGCUGCUAAAAGGUUGCACACUCGAAUAAACAUGUUGAACUUGACUGCCAGUUACUUGGCUAUAUUUUCGUGAAUUUUUUUCUCUCCUGAGCUGGUUUUGAGCAAGGAAGUGUUCCCCAAGUACUUUUUCAAUGUAUGUGGUGACUGUACACAAUUGUUGUACUCGGUCCAAAUUUAAGCUUUUUCAUCAUGUGGCUUUCUGGAUAAAACUCAAGCUCAUGUGAAAAUGUUACGAGCAGUUGCGCUUGUAAUUUUUCUCAUUUUGGAAUUUUAACAAUCUGUUAAGAGGUCGAAGGCAAUUACAGGCCA